AUGGGAUGGAGAUUGAUUAUACUUGGUAUAGUAACGCUGGGAUCCCUUUACACGUUACAUCUGUUGGCGCAAGACUUCAUGAAACUAUCGAAACCACUAUUCAUGAGCUCCGGGAAACGAGAUCUUGGCCCAUCGUUAUCCUUCAAUCGAACCGCUGCACUGCUGGAGUUUGAGGCAAAAAUCAACUGGAACAAAAUGCUCCAAACCGAUCCGCUCAAGUGCGCAUUUUCCCUCAUCUGCCAAUUGGCCGCCGGUGCCGAACUGCAGGAUGAGCAGGCGAAGAUAAUUUAUGACUUUAUGGCCUUCAGCGUAGAGAACAGCAAAACAAUCCCACGGCCACUGAAGGAAUCCUUCGAGAAUGGGUUGAAAUACAACGAUAACCUGAAGGUGAAGGAAAACUACAAGAAAUGCUACCGUCGCUAUCCGCUUUGUUUGUAUUCCGCCCGAACAAUGCUAAGGUUUAUGAGCCUGUUUGGCAACGAAUGA